CUUUGAAGGAUGUUUGUUUUGUUUUGUGGAGCACAAAAUUCGUUCCCUUUUCCUUCAUUCAUUACCUAAAAACUAGCUUUCUCACUCUCAACACUCUCUUUUUAAGCCUUUUACUUAACUCCCUUUGCUUUCUGACUCAUUUCUCAUCCAAAAACCCUCUCUUUUCUUCCUCUUUUCCUCUCAUCUUCUUCCUCUUCUCCUUUUUUUCCCUCAAAUCCAAGAACCCAUCAUCCCAUCAUAAAAACCUAACGAAACCCACUUCAAAAAAUCCCACCUUUUCCAAGGUUAUUAUUAGAUCUUGUCUGAUCUUCAUCUUUCUUUGGAGAAGUUUUGUUAUAUAUAGAAGAAAAAUGUUAGAGAAAGGAAUGAUUGUUCCUGAUCUCUCUCUCCACAUAAGCCCUCCAUCAUCUUCCUUUGAUAUUUGGGAAGAAUUAGCUCAAAUCCCUCAAGUUGACACUGAGCUCUCUCUCUCCAAUAAUCCGGCGGCGGCGGCGGCGGCGGAGAAAGACAUGUCGGCCGAUCGGUUCCGACCCAUCAGAGGAAUUCCGGUGUACAACAAUGGGUUGUCGUCGUCGUCUCCGGCGGGGGGCUGUUUUAGAUUUAGGGCAUUUCAACAGCCGGCGGCGAUGACAAUGGAGCUUCAGAAUCAAAUUACGACGUCGUAUCCCCAUUUUGGGGUUUCGGAAUUAGGGUGCAGUAAUUAUAAUUACAAUAGAUCAAGAUUUAUGCCGAGGAUUCAGAGUAGAAGGAACAGUAGGGCACCAAGAAUGAGAUGGACUUCUUCUCUUCAUUCUCGUUUUAUUCGUGCUGUUCAACUCCUUGGUGGCCAUGAAAGGGCGACUCCAAAAUCGGUGUUGGAGCUCAUGGAUGUGAAAGAUCUCACACUUGCUCAUGUGAAGAGCCAUUUACAGAUGUAUCGUACAGUUAAAAACACCGACAAACAAACAGCUUCUUCAGAAGGGUCUGGGGAAGAAGAUUUCUUGCCAGCAACACCAAACCCACAGCAUGAAGCAAAUUGUUUGCUGAAUCAUACAAGAGGGUGUAGUACUGCUUCUUUGGAGGCAGCUGAUAUUCAUCUUAAUUUUGGAUCCACAUCUUCCAUUAAUACCCUUUCCAACUCUUCCAGAAGAGCAUGGGAGCAAGGAUCUCCAAGAAGUACAAGUGUGUUUGGAUCAGAAAAUCAACCAGAGGAAAGCUAUGAGUUAGGUCAUUCAAACAACUUGAUGGGAUUAAAUUUAAACUCGAACAAUCCAUGCAAAGAGUUCCCCAUGAGACACAAUUGGCACAACUAAAAAUCCAACCUUCACAUCCUCAUUUCAUUUCUUUCAAUAUGUAGUACUUUAGCUGUGGAACAACCAAAUCUCAACUUCAUAAAUAG